AUGGGCUGCCUCAGUCACCGCAGCAAGGAGACGCGGCAAUAUACCGACCAGAAAUGGGAUUACAUUAACCUCUCCGACUUCAAGGCCAAGGGCUGUGGUGCCAUCUUUGCUUAUAUCACCCUCUGGAUGGGCCUCAUCAUCUCUCUCGCUGUCUACGGAGUCGAUACCUUUACUGCCGUCCAGCUGCUCGUCUUCAACCGAUGGUCGUCUAAGAUCGAGCCCGCCAUUCCCUUUUCCGUCUCGAAAUGGAUAUUUUCCAUCUGUAUCAUCUUGUCCUUUGUCAACCUCGGCUUUGAGUGGAUUCGCGCAGCUCGAAAGAUCAAAAGGGGCAAUGUUGCUGAGGUCUAUCUUGACAGUCUGGCUGUGCGUUGGGAGUCAAUCCGCCUCGGGUCUGGCCAGGGUUUUAAGCGAUUUCUUGUCUUCACCGAGCUCACCAAGAGUAAAAAGGGUGCCGAAUACAUUGCCCUCUUUACUUACUUUAGCUUUCAAUCUUGGAUCCGUGUUUUGUUCUGUACCAGCCCGCGACAGGUAGUCAAUGCCUUUACUCUUAGGUCUGUGUACCUGGCCCAGCUCGCCGUCAGCUCAAAUUCAGUCGAGGGCUCCAUUUCGGGAUUUUUUGACAAGAUCAAGACGCUUGCGGAACAGGACUUUCGCCAGGCCGCCAUUCUCGGAGGCAUGUGCUUCACACUGGUCGUCUGGGUCUUUUCAGCUCUGUACUUGCUUUCCGCCGCCCUCUUCUACGUUUUCUUCCUGUUUCACUGGAUUCCACGUUCGGAUGGCGGCCUUACAGGAUACUGCGAGCGAAAAGUCAACAGCGCUCUGCUCAAGAUUGUGACCAAGACGGUCAACAAGGCGCUCGCCAAGGGGCAGGCCGACAGGAUGAAGAGAGCCAUGACCGAGAAGGGCGAGGCCCACCCCGACACAACGCUUCCUACUCUGCCAAAUGUCGGCAUCUUCACGUCACAGCAGCAAGUCGGCGUCACUGCGCCUUUGCCCGCCUACACUUCGAAACCGGGGACCCCAGUCGGAGACUUUAAGCGACAAAUGCCCCCACGGAGCAUGACAGGAGCCUCGACAAUGAGCUAUUCUUCUCGGGCACCACUUGUUAGUUCCGCUGCCGAUAUGGGAUAUACGAGUACCAGAUCGGCCUCGCCCGAAGACAUGGUCCCAGCUGUACCGUAUCUACAGAGGGCUGGGACGGGAGACUCUAUGAGAAGCACAGAGAUGAACCAUAUGCGAACAGGCUCAAAUUCCUCAUAUGGUCAGCCGCGCUCUCACAGCCCUCCAGGUAGUGGCCCUCGGCUGGAUAUGAGCCAUCUGCGGACUGGCUCAAACUCAUAUCACCAGCCUUUCUCCCAAAGCCCCGCGAGCAUGGGCCCAGCAGCUGCAUCGCCAUUGUAUGCGCCGUCGGCAAGGUCCAUUCCGUCCCGUAUCGCCGAUCAGUACGGCAAUGGUCAGUAUAUGCAAGACGAUACUCAAUCUUUACGAGGCCCACCACCAAGGUCAUACACCUUCAACAGCGAGGGUCGAUCUAGCCCAGCACCAUCCGCGGCAGGAUCAUCCUACUCGAGAGCUCCUCAGCAACCCGUGAGAAGUGCAUCGAAUCAAGUGCCCCUGCGCGGGUUGCGGUUCUCUCCUCAGAGGCAGAUGACUGCGCCAAUGUCUACUCGUGCACCGGCAGACAAUUUCUAUGGCGGAAAUGGAUCACGAAUGCCGCAACCCAGACAGCCGCUUCGUCAGAAUUCCCAGGACUUUUACAAUCCACAGACCCAAGCUCAAUCUGGAUCAACAUAUGGAUCAGCAUAUGGAUCAGCGUAUGCGUACGAUGUUGAGGCGCAGAACGGUGGUAGAUAUUAA